AUGCUUUCUUCACAGACCCGCUGGGGGCUGCCUGGCUCGAACCACUCCCUCACGCAGCCCUCCACUCGCUGCAACUCUCCCACACAAUCUGCCAUAAGCGCUCGACCUCACCCCUCUGCUCGAUACGCGUCAACACCACCUACAUCUGCUCUGUGCUUCGGCUCCAUCGAUGCUAAAAUAUCCUCCCUCCUCCAGCAAGACGUGGAUAAGUCAAUCGACAGCGACUAUCAGCUCAAACUUGCCCUCACCGAUCUACUCAACUGCUCCGAUAUCAAAUCCGACCAGGAGGUGCGACGAUGGGUACAGAAUCGGCUGAUGGACACUGAACACCGCCUAAAGGCCCGACGCAAAAGCCGAAUCCUACAGUGUGACAGAUGA